AUGAAGGUGAUCGUGUGUUUUGAUAAUGUGCGUGUCACAGUGCCAUGCGGGGAUGGAACUAUACCUGUCAGAGAGUUGAUAAAUAAAGCUGUUCACCGCUAUACCAGGGCAGUUGGCAAGGGCUCCAACCACUGGGUGGAAGUGACCAGCCUCAAAACCAUUAGUGGUGGAGGAAUUCUUGACCCAGAUGAUCAGCUGGUUGAUGUUGUUGAUGACAAAGAACAGCUCAUUGCUGACUUUGAGGAGCAUGAUCGGCCUUCUGUCCAGCACAAUGGAGGUGAUGGUGCCAGUGCCAGUUCUACCGGGACCACAAGUCCAGAUAUGUUUCAGGCCUCGAAUGGUGCAAAUGUACCCCUACACGACCUCACAAAUAAGCCAAUUGGCAUACAUAUUGACCUCGCAAAUACAUCAAGGGCACUGGGCUUAAUACGGCCCUCUGAAAAUAGUACAGGUAGCAACAAUGUUGUUACAGAUGUUGUGGUCACAUCCAGGGAUUUGACUUUAGGUAGUAACUUGCGAGUUCGUCGAGGAAGUGAACCAAACCUCAAUCUGCUGUCAAGUAAAUCACCUCCAGAGAAGGAUGAGAUCAGCUCUGGUGAUCCAAGGCCAUUUAUUCCCAGAAGGGAGAGUGUCAGGGAAAGUGAUGAGCCACGGUCUGAAUCAUCAGAUGAUGACAAGAAGAUAAAAGUUACUAUGCAUGGAUCGCUGGACAGAAAGAAAGCUAGUCAUAGCCGAUUUACACGGGAUGCACUCAGGACAUCCCUCAGCAACCGGCCUGAGAUGUAUCAUUGGCUGGAAGCUCAGGAAAAUCUGGAACAGCUUCAUAAAAAGAUCAAAGUACAGGAGAGAAUGGGUCCAGUCGAGGGUCACGAUGGGGAAGAUGUAUCAGACUCAUUUCAGACUGAUGGCUGCCUGGUUUGUCUUCAAAAUGAUGGAGGACCACUGGGUAUACAUGCCGUCCCAGCUUUUGAUGAGCACGGAAAAGAAAUGGGCCUUCUCAUACAGAGCAUAGAACCAGACAGACCUGUGGAUAAGGAUGGCAGGAUUAAACCUAAUGAUACCAUCGUGGAAAUCAAUGGCAACAGUUUGAAAAAUGUGCCUUUUCUGAGUGCCCAGAAUAUUUUUCGAGCUGCAAUGGACACCAAAGAAAUUCGUCUGAGAAUUGUUAAAGGAAGUGCAAACAGUACAUCAUCUUUAUCACAUCUGAAGGGCAAACAGAAACCUGCACCUCUGCCCCCAGCUAUACUGCCAAAGCCUCGCAGUCAUGCACCAGCGAGACCUUCACCUCUGACAUUACCAGCACCAGAAUCAAAAGGAAAAGCCACCAUCCCAACCCCUGCCCCAAGGGAUGCCUCCAAAAAGACUGUUGAUUCAUCAGAAAACAGUGAAAAUUCCAAUGGAAGUGAUCAUAUGAACCCAGAUAUAAAUUCUUCUGUGAAAGUGAAACCUGAAUCUUUACUUGUUUAUAAGAAUGUAUCUCCUUCCCCAAGUGCAAAUAUAAUUAAACCUGGCCCUCCAAUAAAAGCCCCAAAGAAGGUGCCACCAGCAAUUCCUGCUCGUAAUCCCGGCACAUCCCUUACAACUCACCUGCCAGAACCUCCCCUGAAUGCUGUGACCAACACAAGAAGAAUUGGGAAGAAGCUGGUUGUACAGCUCAGAAAGGGUCCUUUGGGGUUAGGAUUCAGUGUAACGUCAAGAGAUAAUCAAACAGAUGGCAACUGCCCUAUUUACAUUCGCAAUAUCUUGCCUAAAGGUGCAGCUGUACAGAGUGGCCAGCUCAGACCCGGUGAUCGUUUGUUAGAAGUAAAUGGAGUUCACAUGACUGGAAAAACUCAAGCCGAAGCAGUGUCAUUUUUACGCAUGCUUCCUGAGGGGAGUCUUGUAGAGUUAGUCCUUUCUCGGCAAGAGGAGGUGGAUGAGAAGUUCAGAAUUCCUAGAAAGCUGGGAGAUGAUACGUUGCCUGAAAAUGAAGAUGAGAAUGAUAUUAUUGAUGAGUCCGAUGGUGCUGGUCAACCCAAUGUCUCACCUUUACAGCCCUCUCAGGGACAUGAAGUGGACACUCCAGCACUGGGAGCAAGCAACGAAAAAUUAACUCUUCACAUUCCACUCAACGAUACGGGUUCUGCUGGCCUUGGUGUUAGCGUCAAAGGAAAGACUGAAUCCUCAGACUCCGGCAUCAGAGAUCUUGGGAUAUUUGUGAAGACUGUCCUAAAAGGGGGUGCAGCUUAUAAGGAUGGUCGACUUCAGGUUAAUGAUCAGCUGCUGGAAGUCAACGGUGUGAAACUGGAAGGUUUGUCCAACACAUCAGCUAUGGAAGCUCUUCGGGUCGCCAUGAUGGAAGAGGGCCAGGUUCCAGGAGUGAUCAAGCUGACAGUUGCUCGAAGAACAGGCUCGGAGCCUUUCCCACUCUUUUCUGGAGAUUCACCAGAUAACAGUCAGAUGGAUAUUGUUCCUUCGGCUGUUCACAAACGUGCCUCUUCUGCUUCAAAUGUCAGUGCCAUUGUCCACCAGAGGUCAUCGUCAGCUUCUGAAGUUGCUAGCCUAAGCCAACACAAAUUUGGGAAUAGUAAAGAUAUGCCUUCUCCUAUUCCUCCGAUGAGAAGCAGCAGAGUGGCUGCCCUUAGAGAACACUUUUCUGACUCUGGGGGUGGACUGAGAAAUGAGUCUUAUAUGAAGGCAGCACAUGAAAGUUUCCAUGAGCUAAGUUCUUUCAUAAACAUUAUGCCUUCUCCGUUAAGCAAAAGCAAAUCUCAGAUGGAAGCAAAAUCCCUAGAUAGCAAGAAUAUUUGGAUUAAUGAAAGCGAUACCUACACACUGCCAAAUAAACCUCAGAGACCUCAUUCAACUAUUGGCUUCUUGCAUGGUCAUCACAAUUCCCAUAGUUCUGCCUCAGAUGAUGAAGCCUUUGUCCGUGCAUCUGUGGGAUCAAACAAAGAUGAGAACGAUUUGAGCCCACAUGGGGACUUAAUCUUACCAUUUGAAAGGGAAGGUUUUGGCCGUCAGAGCAUGUCAGAAAAACGAAAAGGUCACCUUGACCCACGCUCAACUGAGAUAUAUAAGCUUGUGAAGGGCAACAAGGAAAACAAAGGUCGCUUUCUAGGUCGACGUGUGCAAUCAUUUCAUGUCACAGGAAGUAGUGAUGCCAUUGCCGCAAAGGUUCCCUUGCCAGCUCCUAGUCAUACAGAUGCAAUGAGCCCAUAUAAGCAAUUUAUGACAUCCUCAACUAAUAGCAUGAUGCAUGUGUCUAAUGACAGUGCCUACCAGUCUAACCAGGUCUCAACAGAUAUGCCAGUGAGCAAUAUGAAACGGGCUUCUUCCUUAGAGAAUAUUGUCAAUGUAGUGGAAGCCCCCUCAGAUCAUACCCAUGAUUUGUCACCAAUGUGGAAAUCGAACCGAUUUGGGCGGGCAAGAGGCUGCAAUGAAAGUUUUCGGGCAGCAGUUGACAGAUCUUAUGAUGCUUUGGAUCCAGCCUUAAUGGACACUCUGGAAGAAGAAAGUGCUGAAAGUGGAGCCUUUACUUUUGAUCCAUCACACUCCAGCCAUUCAUCUGUCAGUAGUGAGGCAACUAACGAGGACAUGAACAGUCUCAAGAGAAUAAAAGCUAAAGAAAAGGAGAAAAAAGGAUUGUUCAAAGGCUUUUUGAGAUUUGGAAAAGGGAGAAAAUCAGAUGAAGAAGCCAUGCGUCGCUCCAGAUCUGAAGAAAGGCCAGAGGAUCGAGUGGUGGACAGAAGAACUGAUUAUUCUUCAGAGCGUCCUGUUAAAGACUGGUGGGCAGCCCAGCCUUAUGGAGAUACUCAAAAGAAAUGGAUGGUAGCUGCAGAUGAACAGAAUCAGCAGCAGCGAGGGAGGAAAUCUAGUCAACAAGAACAAGAAAGAAUUGAGGAAGAGUAUGCGAGGCUUAGAGACUAUCAUGUAGGUAUUCAGCGACUGAGGUCUCAAUCAGUGGAUCCAUCUUCGGGAAGAAAUGCAGCUGUUGUAGUCUCUCAUGAGAGAUCCAGCCCUUUCCAACCAUAUCCAGGAUCUUCUGCACAAUGGCAGCAUCAGCUUGCCCAGCAACAAAUGGAUAGAUCAGAUCCACGAAGUUAUCAUCCUGCGGCAAUGACACGUGCGUCCCAGGUCACAAAUCAUGACUAUGCUGGGAAGAACCAGUCUUACUCCAACUCUGGGGGGGAGCUUGAUGGAAAGGGCAGCAUAUCCAAAACUGCUAUGUCCCGAGCUGAGUACAUCCAGCAGCUGCGGUCCCAGUACCAGCAGCGUCACCGGCAGCGCCAGGGAGUCUAUCCACUAGAUGACAGGGAGGAGCAGUAUGAGAUGUGGAAUCACAUUUCUUCUCAGUAUGAACCCCACAUCAGGGAUCCAGAAAUUUCUCGGUUUUAUGACAGACCAUCAAGUAGACAGUCAGAUCAAAAACUACCAGAAAAAUACGGAAGCUCUUUCAUCCCGCUAAACACCAACAACAGCACCUCUUACUAUCCUGGCAGCCACUCACUUCAGCAUCAGAAACAACAUCAGCAUCGUUACGAGCCCGGCAACCAGUCACAUCCAGGUAGCCGCCCUCAAUCACGAACUGGUCCCGCAGCGACUGAUGUCACUUUACCAUAUAACCAGACAUUGUCGAGCAGUUACACCGAUCAGAUUCAGCAGCAUCAUAAGCAACAUCAUCACCCACAGCAAGUGCAGGAGUUUGCCAGCAAACACUUUCAGGACCAGUACAGCAGCAGUGACACAAACGUUCCUGUUGACUACCAUGUUUAUGAGCCUCAGCCUCAGCACUUCUACACCAACCCGGCUCAGAUGUAUCACUCCACACGCAGUCAAUAUAGUCACCACCGGGGAGGCAGUUAUGCAGAUUCUACUUCAACAAAAGUGUGA